CGUCCAUCAUCAGACUCGACACCACCAAUAGCCAAGACAUCCCGCCCGCUUUAUUCUCUCUCCCUCCCCUUUUGAAACACUCUGAUUUAAUUUUACUUCUCUCUCUUUCUAUAACUUCAAAGUGGUUUCAUGCACUGUCUCUUUCAAUUAUUGCUGCCGCAUUUGACAUGUCAGGCUGGCAGGCAAACGUAAUAUCAUUCGACCCAUGACAAGACCUUUCUUGGCUAUAUUGCACCUAUCAAACUUACCCUCACUUUUAUCAAAAAGCAUCAUCGUCGUCAUCUAAGCCUCGCAUCGUUUUCAUUAGCCUCGAUCUCGGGGUAUAACAAAAAAAUGUCACGGGACGGUAUUAGUGAGCCGGCCGCUCGGGCGAGGAUACGGGUCGCUUUAGAAGGCUGCGGCCAUGGAAAGCUGCAUGAUAUUUACUCUAAAGUAACCGAAACCGCAGCAUCAAAAGGUUGGGAUGGCGUCGAUCUACUCAUAAUUGGAGGAGAUUUUCAGUCCGUUCGAAAUGCGAAUGAUUUGACUGGCAUGUCUGUUCCUGUUAAAUACCGGGAAAUCGGGGACUUCCAUGAGUAUUACAGUGGCAAACGCACUGCCCCUUAUUUAACUAUUUUCAUUGGGGGCAAUCACGAAGCUAGCAAUUACCUCUUCGAACUCUACUACGGUGGUUGGGUUGCCCCCAAUAUCUACUACUUGGGUGCUGCAAAUGUUAUUCGCUAUGGCCCGCUACGCAUUGCUGGUCUUUCAGGUAUUUGGAAAGGUUACGACUAUCGGAAGCCGCACUACGAGAGACUUCCAUAUAACAAUGAUGAAGUUAAAAGUAUUUAUCAUGUUCGAGAACUUGACGUGCGCAAGCUUUUGCAAAUCCGAACACAAGUUGAUGUGGGCCUUUCUCACGACUGGCCUCGGGAUGCUGAAAAGUUUGGUGACUAUCAACAUUUAUUCAGAAUUAAACGAGGAUUUCGCGAGGACUCAGAAUCCGGAAAACUAGGAAAUGUAGCUGCCAAACAAAUUAUGGAUAGAUUGCGCCCACGCCACUGGUUUUCAGCGCACUUACAUGUCAGAUAUAUUGCUACAAUCCCGCACGGUGAAUAUCCCUACCCACACAAUGCGGAGUCGACGAAAACAGCCAAAAAAAUUACCCAUCAGUCGUUUCCUCAAGGGUUCGAUGGAGCGACUAUCUCCACUCCAUCAGAAAUGCUAGGCACAGUCAAUGAUGAAGAUCAAGAAAUGGGGGGAGUAUCACUGGAAGUUGCCGACACUGUUAGCGACCCUCUGUGUCAAAUAAAGGGGUUUACUGCAGCAACGAAUGAGGCAAAUGCCCACUUAGCGUGGAAUAACUUUCACGAAGUUGCUGCAAAACAAGAAGCUCUGGAUAGAGAGAACUUCCUUCAGAAUCAACCUCAGCCUGGAGAGUCAUAUAAAUUGGGCGUGGAUUUCACUCAGACCUGGAGAAAGGUUGAAUCCAAUGGCAUUCGAAGGAAAGUCACUGAUGUUCAUACAACUGAUCUUGGCGAAGAGAAAAAGACCGUCAAGAACACCAACGAGAUCGAUCUAGACUUUGACAGUGACAUUGAAGCUCCUGGUAUUCAGAAAAAGGAAGCCAGCGAACAGACAAUCACCGUCAAAAAUUCAGACGAAAUUGAUCUCGAUUCUAACAGCGAUUCUGAGGAAGUUAAAAAGUCGAACAAUCUGACAAACACAGAUACUUCUAUGAAGGAUUCCGACGAAAUCAAACCCGACCACAACGUUGAAACAGCCACAGGAAGUUCCUUUUUGAUGGCUCAAACCGCUGCAUCUACGAAAUUAAUGGGCGGCAAGAGAGCUUCCGAAUACGUGUCGGAGAACCUUCGUGAUGAGUUGCCCGAUGCCUUCAAACGUCUACGCCCGGAACCGGCUGUUUAUGGCCCGUUGCCCGAUGCCAUCACCAACAAAACCACCGAGUUUCUGGCUCUAGGAAAGUGUCAAGAUGGUUUUGCAUGUAGUGAAUAUCUUGAGCUCAUGGAGAUAGUCCCAAUUUCGGAAGAAAGUAGCGCACAGGCUUCUUAUAUCCUUGAAUACGAUAAAGAAUGGCUAGCAAUCACUCGUGUUUUUGCAGAUUCCAUUGAGCUUGGAGAUCAUAGGAGUCAGGUUCCCUCAGACCUUGGCGAUGAAGUUUAUAAACCGAAGAUCCUUGCAGAAGAAUCCUGGGUGGAAGAGAACAUUGUCAACAAGGGCAAGAUGGCAGUACCCAACAACUUUGAGAUUACAGCCCCUGUGUACGACCCAGCAGUUUCGAUCAACACGAAAGACAUGCCACCUGAGUACAACAACCCACAAACAGCGGCGUUCUGCGAGCUCCUUGGCAUUGAAAACAAAUUCCACUUGACUCCUGAGGAGCAAGUACGACGAGCCGCCCUCGAGCCUCGGCCCUCGUCCAGUUACAACCAUGGGCAACGACAGGGGUCGUACCGCCAAGGUCGUCAUGUCUCAGGUAGGGGUGGUAGAUGGCGUGGCAGUCGUGGCAGGGGAUUUUCUCGUUAGCAUUGUAACAGCAUGUGACAAUGAUAGCCAAUCGCGGAUUUCAAUACAACACCGUAUGUCGUUUAGGUGCUUGUAUAACCACCAGGAAUCAAUGGUAGCUACGCAAAUUCGAGACGCGUCUAACCUAAAUUAAAAAACAUACAUGUAUCAUAGUUUAGCGUCAAUGAAUUCAAUGCUAUGCUAGCUUAA